AUGCUAUGGAAGACAAAACAGGAGGACAAGAAAAACGAGCACGAAAAAGUAGAAAACGAAGAUGAAGAAGUAGACGAGGAAGAAGACGAUGGCGAAGAAGUAGAGGACGAUGACCAAGAAGUAGAAGACGAUGACGAAGAAGUAGAAGACGAUGACGAAGAAGUAGAGAACGAAGAGGAAGAAGUAGAAAACGAAGAACAAGAGGAGGCUGACCAACAAUAUUACCACAGAAGCCAUAAGGAGGAUUACCUAACAAAACAAGAAGAAAAGAAUAAAGGAAUUGAAGAGCAUAUAGCUGAAGGAAUGGAAAAAAUAAGAAAACUUUUAACUGGAGCAGAUAAACAAAAAAAUCACGCAGUUCUAACAUAUCUCCAGGAAAUGCCGGAAGAGCAAUUAGAGAAAUGGAAAAACAAAGAAUGGAAAAAAUAUAUGGCCAAUAUCGAAGAAGAAUGGCAACUUUUAAAUUUGUGGAUAGAAGAACAAAGACAAAACUGGAUUGAUAGUAAAGACAAACAAUUAGAAAACUGGAUGAACGAAAUGGAGAAUAAAUGGAUGGACAUAGAUAAUAUAGAUAAAGAAUACGGAUGCAGACUUAUAAAGAGUUGCCUAAAAGGUGAUGACGAAAGUCAAAUAAAAGAAAAGUUAAAACAUGAACUCAAGAAUCUUAUCUACCGCGAUUGGAAAAGUUGGAUACAAGAGAAUGAGUCCCAAUUAAAUACAUGGCUAAUAAAACUAUGGAUACAAUGGAAAAACAACAAAAUCUCUAAAUUUCUCAUGGCUGAAUGGAAACUCAAAGAAAAUGAAUACUGGAAUGAAUGGGAAAAAACAGAAACGUGGAAAUGGUUAUAUUUUAAUAAGAGGAGACAAUGGGAGACAUGGAAAAAAAGAGUCACCAAUGAAAAACAAGAAUGGGAGAACUGGGUAAGAAUUAAGGAGGAACGAGUUAUAUACAGUAAAUAUAAAAAAUUGACCCUAUGGAUGAAUAAAAAAAAACCUUCUAUUAACCAGUGGGUAGAAUCACUCGCUGACAAAUGCGUAAAUGACUCCAGAUGGAAUACUUGGAUUAAUGAAAAAUAUAGUAAAUUCAUGCUAGAACAAAAAUUGGAAAAAAGACAAAGACGAAGGGAAGAAAAAAGAAAAGAAUUAAUGAAAAAAAGGAAGAAGAAGAACAACAACAACAAGAACAGGGAUAGCAACAACAGCAAUAGCAACAUCAGCAGAAACAGCAGCAGCAGCAGAAACAACAACAGCAACAGGAGGAAAAUGUUCCUAGCGUAUCGAAAAAUUCAACCAAAGUUCUAA